UCUUUUGAUCACUGUUUCAGUAGAAAGAGAAGUACCACAGCUAUGCCUGAAGUAAAUACAGAUAAUCUUGAUGAGCAGCAGGUGCAGCUUUUGGCAGAAAUGUGUAUCCUUAUUGAUGAAAAUGAUAACAAGAUAGGAGCAGAUACCAAGAAAAACUGCCAUCUGAAUGAAAACAUUGAUAAAGGAUUAUUGCACCGAGCUUUCAGCGUUUUUUUAUUCAAUACAGAAGAUAAAUUGCUAUUGCAGCAGAGAUCAGAUGCUAAAAUUACUUUUCCAGAUUGUUUUACCAACACUUGUUGCAGUCAUCCACUAAGCACCCCAUUAGAACUGGAAGAAAAUAAUGCCCAGGGUGUUCGGCAAGCAGCACAGCGGCGAUUAAAAGCAGAGUUAGGAAUUCCCUUGGAACAGGUAACUCCUGAAGAAAUCUUCUAUCUUACACGAAUUCACUACAAGGCCCGCUCUGAUGGGAUCUGGGGAGAACACGAAAUUGAUUACAUCUUGUUUGUGCAGAAGAAUGUAACACUGACUCCUGAUCCUAAUGAGAUCAAAAGCUACUGUUAUGUGACACAGGAAGAACUAAAACAACUCAUGGAAAAAGCAUCAAAAAAUGAAAUCAAGAUUACUCCAUGGUUUAAAUUAAUUGCAGAGACUUUUCUUUUUAAAUGGUGGGAUAACCUGCAUAAUCUAAAUAGCUUUGUGGAUCAUGAAAAAAUACAUAGAAUGUAAAAUACUAAGUGAACAUAGGGGUGAGGAGUAAUGGUGGAAUGCUGUCUUAAUAGCAAUAAGGUAACUUUUAAUCCUUAAGGUUGUGAAUACUGACAAGAAUGGUACACUGACAACACCUGCUGUAGGAAUUUCUGUACCCAUGCAUAGUGAUUGUGCAGCGGGGGCUGGGAUUUGUUUUUGGGUUUGUUGUUUUUUCAGUUAACUUACAGUUCAAUACCAUUCUAUUACCCAAGCGUAGAAUAAAAUUUCAGGUAGUCACCAAGCCUGACUUUACAAAUAGAAGUUGGUAUAGUAUGAACUUGUUUGGAGCUUAAUAAAUAUUAAGAUAGAAAUAGUAUGUAGAAAAGGAAUUGUACACCUCUGAAUACACUUAAUGAGAUUAGUAGCAGACAUGAAUUUUGUUCAAGGAGAUAGACACAAAUAGGCAAUAGCAAAGUAAGUUUUCCUGCAUUGCCUAGGAGUGAUUCUCUCCAAUACAUGGAGGAUAAUCCAGUCUAACACAAUUUUGUUCAUUCUCUGUAGUGACUGUAGAUAAGUGCCGCUUCUCAUGUCAACACCCAUCCACCGGAAAUUAAUCUGAGACUACUUCUUCUGAAUUCAGUUCAGGGAAGCUUCUGGCAGUUUGGUUAUUUAAAGGAAUUUUGUCAUUGAUAUUUAAACCUGUGUCCUUGAACUGGUAUAAACCAGCAUCUCUCUAUCCUAUAGUGGAAUGGCUUGUUGACUUUUUUUUUGUUGCUUCCAGAUCAUUUUCAUUAAGGGAAAAAACUGAUUUGCUAAGUGUAAAAGCUAUCAAAUGCAUAAUGUAAACAAAUUCAGCUAUGCAGCUAUUUCAUUUAGUAAUAUUUAGAAGUUAUAAUUAAAAGUAUAAUGUUCCCUUUUAAAAGAAAGUUCUAAACUCAUAGGUAAUUUAUAUGAAAAUCAUCUGGAGUGACUGGGUCCUGGGUUUUUGUAGAGGUUUGAAAUAGAAUACUAAUAGCACUGAAGACUUCCACUGGGUUUAAAAACUUAAAUGUUUUAUUGAUUUAUAAAACAAAGUAGAAUUUCAGGUGGGAUGUUUUCAUACAAGGUAACCACAACUAAAAUGGAAAUCUGUUCUUGACUAAAAAAAAAAAAAAAAAAGUCAGUGAACCAGGCUGUUAACUAAUCUUUAAAAAGACAUUUAAGAUUACCAACAGAAGUGCUACGUAACACAGUGGGCAUGAGGGAUGUUACACACAUUUUAAGUAACCACAUAACUGCAGAAAUUUUUAGCAGUUAAGAGUUACAUAUGGGUUGGCACUUGACUCCCUACAUGCCCACUGACUCCUGCCUACCGCCCCAUGCUGCCGUUUCACAGUAGGAAACGGAGACAAUAGCGUGGUGCAGGAGCUGGUGUGUACUGGCAGCCAGCUUUCAAGUCAGAUCUCUGCACAUAGUGGGGUACUUGUAUGUAACAGUGCAAGUUACCUGAAGAGCCCAAGCUGAUUGGUUAACCAUUUAAAGUUACACUUUCACAUGCCUAGUGGUUAUCUGAAAUUCUCUAGCUACAUACUCAACUGGGAGGAGUUAAAAAAAAAAAGUGAGAACCUGAGUAAUUCACUACGUUUCUUGAAUUUAAAUACACUUAAUUAUUGAUGGUAUGAUGGGAGUGUUGUAGAGUGGAAGAAAAUAAAAUUAGGUUGAGGGAUCUCUAUUAGAAUCAGAAAGUAAGGAAAGUACGAUUACCUUUUUCUUGAAAGGUUUAAAGGUAACAUGACCUUGUGACCGACACCUUUUGCCUUAGUUUCAAUGGAGCAGCCUUGAAGAAAGUGUAAAGCGUGGGUUCCCAAACUGGGGGUGUGUGAGGAAAUUCCAGGGGGGGUGCAAGGCAACCUAACCACCCCCCCCAAGUUUUGCUGCUAUUUUUGUUUAGGCCCUGGUGAGUUCCUUUCUCUGUUGCUCAGGUUUUGCUGCUAUGGUGGGGGGAAGGGAAGCUGAGGGUUUCUCAAAUCAAAAAGGGGUGUGAUGCCGAAAAGUUUGGGAACCACUGUAAAAGAUUAAGUUGCUUCAUUUCUAGAAUUUCUGACAAAAAUAAACAUUGUCCUUUAGAU